AAGUAUAAAAGUCUGACACUGCUUCAGUCAAAGUGCAUUCUACGUCUUAGCACUGACCUGGAGUGAGCAGACGUCCAAUCAUGAAGCGGCUCUUGGUGUUUACGCAUGUGUGCUUCGUUGUGGCUCGGUGCUAUGCUAUAGCCCCCCAUGAUGUUGUAGAUCAUCAUGAAGUAAAUCCUCAAGCCGAAGAAGAUUCCCAUUACGGUACCAAAUAUGACCGCUGCGAGGGCAUCGAAUUUGAUGCCAUAGCCCCUGAUGAGAAAGGAAUUGCACUCUUUUUUAAAGGUGACCAUUUAUGGAAGGGGUUCUCAGGACCUGCUGAGCUUGCAAAUCUUACAUUCCAGGAAUUAGAUGAAUAUCAUCACCUGGGUCAUGCGGACGCAGCCUUCCGCAUGCACAGUGAAGACGAGGAAGACAGGAAACACCAUGACCAUGUCUUCUUCUUUCUGGAUGACCAAGUCUUCAGUUACUACAACCACACUCUGGAGAAAGGCUUCCCUCUGGAGAUCCAGCAGGUGUUUCCAGAUGUUCCCAGUCACCUGGAUGCAGCAGUGGAGUGUCCAAAAGGAGAGUGCACCACAGACUCGGUCCUGUUCUUCAAGGGACAUGACGUGUACAGCUUUGAUAUCAAGACCAAGACUGUGAAGAAGAAGACAUGGGAUCACUUGCCUGUCUGCACAUCUGCAUUCCGCUGGGUCGAGCACUACUACUGUUUCCAUGGUCACAACUUCACUAGAUUUCAUCCCGUGUCUGGAGAAGUUGAAGGGAAUUAUCCCAAGGAAGCUAGGCGCUACUUCAUGAGAUGCCCAAACAUUGAUCACGGGGCUGGACACAGAAGACCUCGCUGUAAACUUGAUGCCAUCACUACAGACAGCACUGGCAAAUCCUAUGCAUUUAUAGAGACAAUGUACAUUAGACUGGACACACCUCGUGAUGGCGUUCAUCCCUUCCCCAUUGCAAGAUCAUGGAAGGAAGUUUCCGGACAUGUAGACGCAGUGUUCUCGUAUGGUGACAAGAUUUACAUCAUCCAGGGUAAUCAAAUCUAUAUCUAUAAAUCAGCAGCACAUUACACACUCAUAGAGGGCUAUCCUAAACCUCUAAAGGAGGAGUUGAGCAUCGAGGAACCGGUGGAUGCUACAUUUGCCCCACCCUGCAACUUACAGGACUUAAAGGGGCCAACAUCUAGGUGCCAGAUACCACAGCACACCUUCAGGGAUCUAGUGGAGUCCACGCCUGAACAGGAUGAUCAAAUCUAUAUCUAUAAAUCAGCAGCACAUUACACACUCAUAGAGGGCUAUCCUAAAUCUCUAAAGGAGGAGUUGGGCAUCGAGGGACCGGUGGAUGCUGCAUUUGUAUGUGACGAACAUAUUGUACAUGUUAUACAAGGUCAGAAAAUGCUCGAUAUUGACCUGGAAGCGACUCCCAGAGUUGUGAAGGCCGAGGCUCAGCUGCCCUUCCCUAAGAUCGAUGCUGCUACAUGCCACACUGAUGAUGUGAAAGUGUUUGUUGGUGGAGAUUACUACCUGUACCAGAGCCCUAAACUGCUGGCUAAGAGCAAGAUUUUGCCAGAAUCCCACAAGAUGUCAUCCGAAAUGUUUGGUUGUGAACACUAAAAACCUUCACAAUGAAAUCUUAAUGCUGUUCUGUCAAAUUUCCUUUGAAUAAACAUUUCAGGUCA